AUGAAGGCGUUAUUAGGAUCGCAAGAUGCAUGGGAAAUUGUAGAGAAAGGUUAUGUUGAACCGGAUGAUGAAGCGGCGCUUCCGCAAAAUGAAAAAGAUGCGCUACGCAUUUCAAGAAAAAGAGACAAGAAGGCUCUCUACCUCAUCUAUCAAGGAAUGGAUGAGUCGUCGUUCGAGAAGAUAUCGAGAGCUAUUAAUGCAAAGCAAGCAUGGGAGAUUUUGCAAAAUUCAUUCAAAGGCGUGGACAAAGUAAAGAAGGUGCGGUUGCAAACUCUAAGAGGUGAGUUCGAAUCUCUCUUCAUGAAAGAGUCCGAAUUAAUAUCGGAUUAUUUUUCAAGAGUUUUAGUUGUUGUUAAUCAACUAAGAAGAAAUGGCGAGGUCAUGGGUGAUAGUCGUGUGAUCGAAAAAAUACUACGGUCACUUGUUCCAAAAUUCGAUUAUAUCGUCGUUGCAAUUGAGGAGUCGAAAGAUGUCGAAUCCAUGACCGUGGAUGAGCUCAUGGGAUCUCUUCAAGCCCAUGAAGAAAGAAUGAGAAACAGAAAUAAAGAGGGAGCGGUAGAACAAGUUCUACAAACUAAGCUUACUUUAAAAGACAAAGGAGAGAGCUCUAGUAGUAAUUCUAGACGAAGAGGACGCGGCUACUACGGCGGAAGAGGAAGAGGCAAGCAAAAUAACGAUGAUCAGAGGGUCCAGAGGUCGAGCUCCACAAGAGGUCGUGGCAGAGGAAAUAAUUCAUGGCGCAACAAUAAUAGGCCAAGGUAUGACAAAUCUCAAGUCGAAUGUUAUAACUGUCAUAAGCUUGGUCAUUAUGCUUCGGACUGUCGAUCUUCUUCAAAUAAUGUCGAGGAGAGAGAAAACUACGCUAGUAAAGAAAAUCAAGAAGACCAGACCUUGUUGGUGGCAUGA